AUGUCUCCUUCAUCUUCUUGGUCACUAGGUUUUGGGUUACCGUCUUCUGGCUUAUUUGGUUGCCUAUCAGUGGGUCCUUCUUCUGGGUUAGGACCAACUGGAGAUCUGGAUGGUUCCGGUUGGGAUUCUGUUGGAGUAGAAACUGGACAUUGUUCUUCUACUGGAAUUGGAGUGUUAACUGGUCCAGGUGAGUUGAAGAUUCCUGAGAGGAAGCUGGGUGUGACAGUAGGACUGGUGUUUGUUGAUUCACUUGGCAAGGGUUUGGUGGUUAACUGGAGUGGUGAUGUACAAGGUGUAGGAACUACUACACUUCUACUGGAUGAUGCUGCAGUAGGGGUGAGGUAUGAUGGUGUAGGAGAAGACUUCUCUACUAGUGGAGGGACUACUGAAUGUCGAUUGUCUUUGCUUCCGAUAGGUGCUAAGAUUGGUGUGGCCUUUGGGAUAGUCUUAUCUCUGCUCCUAUUUGGACAAAGUGCACUGGCACAAUACUGGUAG